AUGUGUAAAAUUUUCGGUAAGGAUAGAGCUAUUGGUAACGGAGCUAUUGAUCUUGGACAAAAAUAUGUGAUUAAAGAGACACAAAGAAACUCACAUAUUGAUGUAGAAGGGUUGGAAGAUAUCGUUGAAGAGACACAACAAACUAGUAGUGUUAAUAGUACAUGUAGAAGACCUAAAACUGAUGAUGCCAAAAGCUAUUAUAAGUUAACAAUGAAAGAUAUGAAUGAUACUUUCAAGGAGGUUAGUGAUAAACUUACUAAAACAACAUACAAUAUAGGAAGGAAAGAAAAUAAGGAAACAUGUGAUAUGAUAGAUAAAGUUAUCGAAAAUAUACAACACAUGCCAAAUAUUAAUGUCAAACAACGCAUUAAAGCGAUUGACAUAUUUAGCAAAGAUCAAUUCCACGCUCGAUCAUUUUUUAAGACAAUGGAAGAAGAAAAGAUUUGUUACAUGGAAAUGAUUGCUAAUGGCUAA